GUGAGAGACGGAGAGAGAGAGAGAGACACAGGACCGGGAGAGAGGCCGAGACCCCCCGAGGAGGAGAUCAUGCCGGCUGCUUGUGAUUCAUUAGUGGAAGAUAUUGAAGAUAUUGUGUCAGCACAAGAUAUCACACCUAAUGAUCGACACUUUGCAAAGAAGAGUGUUGUUCCUCGUGCCAGGAAAAGAAAUAAGCACAAACAGGAUGAGGAAGAUCUCCAAGCUGAUAGUGUUAUCCCUGGUACACAGAAGAUCUGGGUGAAGACUUGGGGCUGUUCACAUAACAAUUCAGAUGGAGAAUAUAUGGCUGGUCAACUGGCUGCCUUUGGAUACAAAAUCACAGAGAAUUCGUCUGAUGCAGAUUUGUGGCUGUUGAACAGUUGUACCGUGAAGAAUCCAGCUGAAGACCACUUUAGAAACUCGAUUCAGAAAGCUCAAGAACAAAGGAAAAAGGUGGUAGUAGCUGGAUGUGUUCCUCAAGCCCAACCUCGAAUGGACUACAUCAAAGGGUUGAGUAUUAUUGGGGUUCAACAAAUAGACCGUGUCAUUGAAGUUGUUGAAGAAACAAUUAAAGGUCACUCUGUGAGACUUCUAGGUCAGAAAAAGGAUAACGGUAAACGGCUAGGGGGAGCGCCACUGGAUUUGCCGAAGAUUAGGAAAAAUCCAUUGAUAGAAAUCAUUUCCAUCAAUACUGGAUGCCUGAACGCUUGCACGUACUGCAAGACCAAGCAUGCCAGAGGAGAACUCGCCAGUUACCGCAUUGAAGAGCUGGUGGACCGAGCCAUUCAGUCUUUCAAAGAGGGCGUUUGUGAAAUAUGGCUGACCAGUGAAGAUACAGGAGCCUAUGGAAGGGACCUAGGGACAGACCUGCCAACAUUGCUGUGGAAACUGUUGGAGGUGAUUCCUGAGGGAGCGAUGUUGCGGCUUGGGAUGACCAAUCCUCCGUAUAUCUUGGAACAUCUGGAGGAAAUGGCAAAAAUCCUCAUUCAUCCCAGGGUGUAUGCCUUCCUUCAUGUACCAGUUCAAACUGGUUCAGAUAGCGUUCUUAUGGAUAUGAAAAGAGAAUACUGUGUGGCAGACUUUAAAAGGGUGGCAGAUUUCUUGAAGGAAAAGGUGCCAGGGAUUACAAUUGCCACAGAUAUUAUAUGUGGUUUUCCAGGAGAGACAGAAGAGGAUUUCCAGGAAACCGUGAAACUGGUCAAGGAGUACAAAUUUCCAAGCUUGUUCAUCAAUCAGUUUUACCCACGUCCGGGAACCCCAGCCGCCAAAAUGGAACAAGUCCCUGCCCAAGAGAAAAAAAAGAGAACCAGGGAGUUAUCGCAGCUGUUUCAGUCGUAUUCCCCAUAUGGUCACAAGGUUGGUGAAAAUCAAUACGUGCUGGUUACAGAGGAAUCAUUUGACGGGAAUUACUAUGUUGCUCACAACAAAUUCUACGAGCAGGUCCUGGUACCCAAGCAGCCGGAAUUUCUGGGGAAAAUGAUAGAGGUGAAUAUUUAUGAAGCAGGAAAACAUUUCUUGAAGGGACAGCCAGCACAGAAUUCGAAAGUCUACACCCCCUCGAUUGCCAAGCCAUUAGCAAAGGGAAUAGUUUCGGGUAUGUCAGAGGAAUUGAAGACCUUUCAUGAGAACGGCACAGCCCUUGAUACACAUCACUCCCAUAGUGGGCAGUUUUCUAGUUCAAGUUUGUCAACAUGGAACUCGGAAGGCCUAAAAGAAAAGAUGGUGCCAAUCAUACUAGCUUUGUUGGCAGUGUUGGUGGCUAUUACUGUGAAGAUACUCAGGUAGACCUCUUGUCUGGAAUGGGUUCUGGAGAAUGUGGUUUCCAUAUCUUGGACAGUACUGAGGACACUUCAAUAUGGUCAAAGUAGUUGGACUUUUGAAGGCUGCCUUUUUAUUUUUGUGGCCAAGUGAAAUGAUUAUCUCUGUGACAACAUCAUGCAGCUAACUAUCGUUUUAGCAAAUGUGGAGAUUUUUUAUUCAAAGUGUAACCUCGCAUCUUCUUAUUUGAAAUGUUAAGCAUAGAAGGUUUAAUAAAAUAUGAGUGUGUUGACUUGC